AUGAAGGCAUCCGUGAUGCUCUUCCUCCUUGGCUACCUCAUGGUUCCAAGUGGUGCUCGCGUCUUGGGGCGUUGCACUGUGGCUGAGAUGCUCUACAGAGGAGGCCUGGAUUAUUUUGAAGGUUACAAACUUGAAAACUGGGUUUGCCUGGCUUAUUAUGAGAGCAAGUUCAACCCCUCGGCUGUGUAUGAGAAUGAGAUUACAGGCCACACUGGCUUUGGCCUCUUUCAGAUCCGCGAGGACCUGUGGUGUGACCAUGGCAAGAAUCUCUGUGGUGUGUCCUGUUCUGAGUUACUGAAUCCGGAUUUAAAGAAGACGAUUGAGUGUGUCAAGAAAAUCGUAAAAGGAAAACAAGGAAUGGGGGCGUGGCUCAACUGGACCCGGAACUGCCAGUUUUCUGACACUCUGUCGCGGUGGCUGGAUGGGUGCAGGCUGUAG